AUGGCUUGCCACACUCGCUCCAACAGCUUCAACUCAAGGCCACACCCGAUCGUUCAAGAAGUUGAUGAACAUUUGUGUAGAUUGAGAUCUUCUGAGGCCACCUCCACAUCCUCCUCAUCAAUUAGCCACGAACUAAGUGGCCUCCAAGACUUGCAUGGCUCUGUUGAUAGGUUGCUUCAGUUGCCCCUCACUCAACAAGCCUUGGCACAAGAGACCUUCAACCAAUCAUGCGAAGAACGCGAGGAGGUGAAUCUAGAGCACUCACCAGGUCAGGAAAUACUUGACCUCAAGGAAGAUGGUGAAGAAGGCAAUCCACAAGGCUAUGGGAAAUCUCAUGGGAUCAAUGAGACUAUUUCCAUUGUUAGCAAGUUGAGAGAUGUUGAAGCAGUCACUUUCGCGGUGUUUCUUGUGAGGAAGAAACAAAAGUAUGAGUUUUCAAAGGUGGAUGCUGCAUUGAAAUCACUUAUUGGACACAAGAGAAGCAAAUCUCAUCCCCAAAGCCAUCUUGACAAUCUGGAGUCAUGCGUUCAAGAUCAUGAAGAACAACUUGAGUGCUUAUUUAGGCAACUCAUCAAAACCAGAGUCUUUCUUCUCAACAUCUUAAACCAUUAGAUAUUAGCUUUUCAAUUUUGUACAUGAAAAUCAAUACAUGACACUGUCUUACAUUCUCCAUU